UGUUCUUCGCAGAACGUACAAAUUGAUUUUAUUGUUUUUUUGUAUUGUUGAUUUUAACUCGGCGCCAAGAGUGUGUCCCUAAUUUCUCGCACUAUUUGUUUGGCUAUUAUGCUCAGAAAUCGAAUCGUCAUCACCAAAGUCAAUCAUAGCUGCCAUUUUUCUUCUUUUUUUACAUCUUUGCGCUGAGAUUUAAAACAUGAGUUUCCCGCUUCAAAGUCUCAUUUGUACUUCUUCACUCUGCUCUCGGUCAUAUAUCUUAUUAUUCAUAUCGAACAUUUUUAUUAUAGUAUAUCAUUGACACACACUGACACACUCAAGAGAAGCGCCAAACUUAUCACCAUGUCGCAUAAAAACAGGCCAAGCGGGCCAAACAGCAGCACCAGCAGCAGUAACAUAAGAGAAGACACGUCUGUCGGCGCAAGCCACUCCAGUUUGGAGCAGGCAGGCGCGUUUCAGUCGCGCGAUGAGAGCAUGCCAUUACUUCCAGGCCAGCACUCGCCAUUGGGGGAAUUAGAUCUCACAACUCUAGGGACCAGCCGAGACUCUGUGCGCGAGCACGACAUCGUGCAGCCAGGGUCGCGCAGUCGGCGGCGAGAGUAUUUUUCGUCAUCAAGGGCCCCUGAACCCACGCGUGGCCAUACGAGACAGUUUAGCGCCAGGUGGUGGAAGCGCCGGGCUCGCUACUAUGUGCCCAUUGUUGGCUGGCUACCUAACUACAAUAUUGGCAACCUGGCCACUGACGUCAAGGCUGGGUUCAUGGUCGCCUGUCUUCUUGUUCCUCAGGCGCUGUCGUACAGCUCGCUGACAAACUUGCGUCCAGUCUACGGAUUGUACACGGCGCUUGUUCCGGCUUUAGUGUAUGGAAUGCUAGGGACUUCACGACAUUUGUCGAUGGGCCCCGAGGCGCUGGUAUCGGUGCUGACCGGAACCAUCGUCAAGAGCCAACUGAAGCAUCUUUUUGCUGCUUACAGCCCCAACACCCCUCCUGAUGACACUAUUGAUGCGUUUUCCUCGGCCGUUGCCAGCACAGUGGCCUUGGUUUCAGGCGCUUUUACGUUUGCCUUGGGCAUGUUCCGGUUCGGGUUUUUGGAUUCCAUGAUUUCAGAGUCGUCCCUGCGCGGCUUUAUCAGCGGUGCAGCCAUUGUGGUGCUUAUUGGACAGUCACGGAUUGUGCUAGGACUUCCAGCUCCAACUUCUGUCCACACGUCGCCAUGGAAUGAGCUCAAGUUUAUGCUUUCGAAUUUAGACCAAAUACACGUGAUGACUGCAGCCAUAUCGCUCGGUGCGCUGGUCUUCUUGCGUUUGCUGCGCAUAGCAAAGUCCCGGUUCAAGUCGGCCAGGUGGCUGCAAGGAGUUCCCGACACGCUGCUUGUCAUUAUUUUGGCAACGCUAGUCUCAUGGCUCGCAAAGCUCAAAGUCAACCACGCUGUCAAUGUAUUUGGCCAUGUCGACGGCGACCUGCCGCACUUUGGCAUUCCAAAAAUACCGGCGCUUGUCGACACCAAGGACAUUGUGUCGUCGGGAAUCACAAUCACAAUGAUUGGUGUUGUCGAGUCUGUAAUUGUGGCACGCGAGUACGCCAGCCGCAACCACUACGCCGUGUCGUCCAACCGUGAGCUUGUCGCACUGGGCAUUUCAAACAUUGUCGGAUCGGCAUUUGCUGCGUAUCCUGCGUUUGGGUCGCUGUCGCGCAGCAAGUUGAACGACCGUGCCAAGGCGCGCAGCCAGAUGUCGGGCAUUGUCACCACACUCCUUGUUUUGGUAUCGCUUUUGCGCGUUCUGCCCUACCUGUACCACCUGCCUCUGGGCGUUUUGGCCGCGAUCAUUGUUGACGCCGUCACCUCUCUGCUUGAGGCGACUCCGGGUGCCAUAUCUUUCCUGUUCAAGGUGGGAGCAUGGUCAGACCUGUUUUUGCUUCUGUUCAUCUGCGCAAGCAGCGUGGUUGCGUCAGUUGAGACGGGCAUCCUGCUUGCAGUGGUCAUCUCGCUGGUCAUGGUUAUAAAGCGCUCGAACAUGCCACGCAUCAAGCUGCUUGGGAGGUCAACCAGCAAUGAUCAGGAAUUCCACCCAAUCGACGGUGUGAUCUCGCGCCCGAAUUUUUCGAGCCAGCAGUCGCUCAACAGCAUCGGUGAGACCCCCCAGCACACUGUUGAUGCGGGUGACGUCGAAAUAUUGGAUGAUUCCGACAAUGCGAGCGAAGGAGAGGAAGAGACGCGUGUGCAGCAUAUUGAGGGCGUUCUAAUCGUGCGUGUCGACGAGCCUCUUUACUUUGCCAACGCUGGCCAGCUACACGCGCGGCUCAACCGCCUUGAGCUGUACGGCGACAUGCGCGUGCAUCCUUCAGAAGAUCCGAGAAUGAAGCCCACGAGGGCAGUGGUUUUCGAUCUGAUCGGAAUGUCGGAUAUCGACGGCAGCGCGUUGGAGAUUCUGCUCAAUAUUGUGCGCGAGUACAGUCGCCGCCAAGUGCGCGUGGCGUUUGCCAGGGUCUGUGAUGGGGUGCGCGAACGCUUUAGAAUAUCGCGUAUGGCCGAAGCCGGCGGCGAACACGGGUUUAACGAUAUUCGGGAUGCGCUGGCGUAUUUGGAGCAGCAACUCACAGUUUCUGUAGUGACACAGGAGUAGUGUUGCGCAAAUAAACAAUUUAAUAUUGAUGGGUUGUGUUUUGG